AUGUCUGAUUCUGAUGAUAGUGUUACGGAAUUACAAGAGGAAUCUGAUAAAGCAGAAGUAAUCCAAUACUUUAGUACUAAUUAUGCAAAAGUGAUUUCGAAUUUUCGAUAGUACUAUGAGACAAGAAAUCAGAUGUCAUCAAUAGUGAUGAAAAUGAAUGCAUUUGAAAAUAAAAUAGAUGUAAUUACUAUUAAUGCAUUCAGAAAGUAAAGAAAAGCAACCUCUAUGAUAUUCGUGAAAUUAGCAACAAAACUAAUCUCAUUAUAAAUCUAACCAAGUUGUAGAAUAUGUUAUUAUAAAUAAAAAAUAAUAUUACCCAUGGGUAGAAAGCCAUAAUGAAUAUUAAAUAAGAUAAACACACAGCUGCAAUUAGAGCCAUUUAGAAAUUAGACUCUAAACAUUUGACAGACUUUGUAUCAAAUCUUUAAUAGUUAAUAACAAAUAAGGUUUAGAUUGAAGCUAAUACAAAAAUUCAAUAAUGGGUAGAAUUAAGUAAAUAAUAAUAAAUCGAUAUGGGAUUAAGUGUGAUUUAAAAUUGUGAAUAACUCUAAAUGGUUAAUUCUUAAUUUGCAAGAAUUUCAUUAUUCUAACCUGAUGUUAGGUCAAGCAUAGUUAUGAGAUAAUCAACUGUUGGAAGAGUAUCAAUGAUAAGAUAAUCUAUUGUAAGAUAAUCUAUUGUAAGAUAAUCGAUGGUUCCGAAUCCUAAUAGAGUUUCUUUUUUUACUUAAUUUAAAUAGUAGUAAACAUAAAAUAUGUAAGUGUCACGAUAAUCUUAAUUAAAUUAAUCAAUAAUGGAUCAAUCUUAAUAGAUGUUACAUGAAUCUCUAAUAGAACCAAAUGCAUGGGAAUUUUAGAUAGAUUAUUCUUAAUUAAAAUUACCAUAAAUGAUUUAUGAAAAUUUAAACUAAAAACUAAGUUUUUAUUAGUAAUUAAAAUAAAGUAGAAUCAAGUUCUUGUAAUAUGUUUGUGGAAAUGAAAAUAGAUAAGGUAUGAAUGAUUUUAGGAAUUAUCUUGCUUGUAUUUUAGGGUUUGUUUUAAUGGAUUUAGAAUUGAAUAAAUCAUUUAAGGAUUAUGAGGAAAUGAAUUUAGUAGUAUUAGAAAAUGUUAAAUUGAUUGAAAAAUAAAUUAAGAACUCAUUUAUUACAUUUGAUUUAAGAGAUUUGUUAUAAAUAAAAAAAGAAAUUUAAUUAUUUAGUGUUGCUUUAGCUAAAUUACAUCAAUAUUAAUUAUCAAAUUAAAUAAAUAAAUGUUUGAAUGAUUAAUUUUUAGUUUAUUCAAAUAGAAGAAUUGAAGAAAUCAAAAAAUCUUUAACAAAAUCAAUUCAAUCUGAUAAUGGAUAUCCAUUAACAUUGUAGAAUAAAGAAUAAUUUGAUUUAUUAUGCACAAUUAUAAAAUGUCCUCAAAAUAAAAAAUUAGAGUUACCUAUAUCUUAAUUUGUAUAGGAUGCUGUCUAUUAAAUAAAUUUAUUUAUUGAAGGAUCAAUAACUUAUUUAUAAUCGUUAAACGAAUAUUUUGAUUAAAAUGUGAUUUUUUACAUGGACACUCUCUUUAUAGCAAUCUGUGAUAUAAUAAAGAAUUAUGUUUAAUAAUGUGAUGACUUUAUGCUUUUAGUAUAGGCUACAGUAAAUUUUAAUCAUUUAGAAUUAUCAAUAUAGUAUUAUAAGAAGAACAUUGAAAGUUUAUUAUAAGUAACAUAAACAAAAGAAAUGGAAUGUUAAAACCAUUUCAAAAAUACAAGAUAUUUUUGUGAAGAAGCUUUACAAAAUGCAAUAAACUAAAAAAUAAUACUUCCCUAAAUGGAUUGGGCACCUUCAAUUCCACAUAAAGGUCCUCAUGAUUAUUUUAUCAUGAUAAAUGGUUAUUAUGAAGUAAUAUUUAAAUUUAGAAUUAGAGCAUUAUUGGAACAUUAUAAUUAAUGGUACCAUAAUUUAUAGAAUCUUCAAUUUAUCUUACAUUUAAAUAUUUGAAUAAAUUGAUUUGGAAAUAGUUAUUAGAAACUAAAGCAUUCAAUAUAAUUGGUUUAUUUAAUUUAGAAGUUGAUUUGUAAAGUUUUUUAAAAGUUUGCAAUUAACAAAUGUUCCCAGAAAGUUCAAAAGAAAUAAUUUAAUUUUUGAAUUUAUUUUUAGUAGAUAUUCCAGCAUCCUAUUUAGACAAUUAAAAAAGACAGGCUAAUUAUUGUUAUUUAGAAGUGCCUAAAUUAUUGAAAAUAUUUCCUAAAUAUAAAGUAAAAUUAUUAAAUAAUGUAAUAUAGAAAGUGGUUUAUAAUAAAUUACCAGUAGUAAGAAAGAGAGAGGUAGAUGCAGUAAUUAAGAAAAUUUAAGAAAAUUUAUAGGCAUUUUGA